AUGUUUACAGAAGAGAUAUCAGAGCCUGUAGAAACGUUAAGUUCAAACCUUGCCUUCAUCGUCGCUCCGACAGCAUUAGGCUUGGUGUGUGCAGUCAUAGGGACCUACCUCUGGAUCAGGCGAAGGCAGAUUCGGAAACAUCGGCUCGCGCUCAAGAAGGCCAAAGAAGGUGGCAUUCUGCAAGCAGUUAAUCCCUUUUACAAAACAAAUGGUAGCCUGUGUCCGAACGAGACUUCCGCUCUGCUGGUGGACGAUUAUGAGGUUGACUGGGCCUGGUUCAAGGUGGGACCCUGUCUUGGAGAAGGAGCCUUCGGGAAGGUGUUACGAGCUGACCUACGGGACGGCUUUGUGUUGAACAAAGCUCGACCAGAAACCAAGACUUUUGCAGUCAAAGUCCUCAGAGAUUUCCCAACAGAAGAAGAACGUCGAAACUUGUUGCUGGAGAUUGAAUUCAUGAAAGAACUAGGUCAACACCGAAAUAUCGUUAAUAUUAAUGGCUGUUGUACAAUCGCCUCGGAUGUUCGACUCAUCAUGGAUUAUUGCCCCUUAGGAGAUCUUCGGAACUAUCUCAGGCGUUGUCGUCAGGAGGAGUAUAUCGCCAAACAGCGAUUUGUACACCGUGACCUGGCCGCCAGAAAUGUACUCGUCUGCGCUGAUAAGUCCAUCAAAAUAUCUGACUUCGGGCUUACACGAGACGUCUACCAGAAUAACGUGUGGUCUUUCGCUGUGGUUUUAUGGGAAAUAGUGACGCUAGGUGGCUUCCCUUAUCCCGGUAUCCCAGACAAAGACCUCUUCCGGUUGUUAAAAGAUGGCUACAGGAUGGAAAGACCUAGUAACUGCAGCUUGGAAGUAUACCAGUUAAUGUUGGCUUGCUGGCAUCCGCAUCCUAUCGACAGGCCAUCCUUCACUGACCUUCGGAGUAAACUAGAGACAAUGUUGGAGGCAACACAAGCCUAUAUCGAUCUCAAGGUGAAUCUCAACGAGGACUACUUUCUACACUCGGACUCCAGGUAA